CGCCAGCGUCUCCCAUGCCUGGGCCGAGCCCCCUUUAGGAAGAGUGUGAGAGCGAGCGGGCGAGAGAGAGCGAGAGAGCGCGCGCCAGGGAGAGGAGAGCAGGAAGAUGAGGAUUAUUUGCAGACAAAUUGUCUUGUUGUUUUCUGGAUUCUGGGGACUCGUCAUGGGAGCCUUUCCAAGCAGCGUCCAAAUAGGUGGUCUCUUCAUCCGAAACACAGAUCAGGAAUACACUGCUUUUCGAUUAGCAAUUUUUCUUCAUAACACCAGCCCCAAUGCGUCAGAAGCUCCUUUUAAUUUGGUACCUCACGUGGACAACAUCGAGACAGCCAACAGUUUUGCCGUGACAAAUGCCUUUUGUUCCCAGUAUUCCAGAGGAGUCUUCGCAAUCUUUGGACUCUAUGAUAAGAGGUCAGUGCAUACCCUGACCUCGUUCUGCAGCGCCUUACACAUCUCCCUCAUCACACCGAGUUUUCCCACCGAGGGGGAGAGCCAGUUCGUGCUGCAGCUGAGGCCUUCCUUACGAGGGGCCCUCCUGAGUCUGCUGGACCAUUACGAAUGGAACUGUUUCGUCUUCCUGUACGACACAGACAGGGGAUACUCCAUACUUCAAGCUAUUAUGGAAAAAGCAGGACAAAAUGGUUGGCAUGUCAGCGCUAUAUGUGUGGAAAAUUUUAAUGAUGUCAGCUAUCGACAGCUUCUAGAAGAACUUGACAGAAGACAAGAGAAGAAAUUUGUAAUAGACUGUGAGAUAGAGAGGCUUCAAAACAUAUUAGAACAGAUUGUGAGUGUUGGAAAGCAUGUUAAAGGCUACCAUUAUAUCAUUGCCAAUUUGGGAUUCAAGGACAUUUCUCUGGAGAGGUUCAUCCAUGGUGGAGCUAAUGUUACAGGAUUCCAGUUGGUAGAUUUUAAUACACCUAUGGUAACCAAGUUGAUGGAUCGCUGGAAGAAACUAGAUCAGAGAGAGUAUCCAGGAUCCGAGACCCCGCCGAAGUACACCUCUGCCCUGACUUACGAUGGAGUCCUGGUAAUGGCUGAGACCUUCCGAAGCCUUCGAAGGCAGAAGAUCGACAUUUCAAGGAGAGGAAAUGCUGGGGAUUGUCUGGCGAACCCUGCUGCUCCAUGGGGCCAAGGAAUUGACAUGGAGAGGACACUCAAGCAGGUGCGGAUUCAAGGGCUGACUGGCAAUGUCCAGUUUGACCACUAUGGACGUAGAGUCAACUACACGAUGGAUGUGUUUGAGCUAAAGAGCACAGGGCCGCGAAAGGUGGGUUACUGGAAUGAUAUGGAUAAACUGGUCUUGAUUCAAGAUGUACCCACGCUGGGCAAUGACACAGCAGCCAUUGAGAACAGAACAGUUGUUGUAACCACAAUCAUGGAAUCCCCCUAUGUUAUGUACAAGAAAAAUCACGAAAUGUUUGAAGGAAACGACAAGUAUGAAGGAUACUGUGUGGACUUGGCAUCUGAAAUUGCAAAGCAUAUUGGUAUCAAGUAUAAAAUUGCCAUUGUCCCAGACGGAAAAUAUGGAGCAAGGGAUGCAGAUACCAAAAUCUGGAAUGGGAUGGUAGGAGAGCUUGUUUACGGGAAAGCAGAGAUUGCGAUUGCCCCUCUGACGAUCACUUUGGUACGGGAAGAGGUCAUUGACUUCUCUAAGCCCUUCAUGAGUUUGGGCAUCUCUAUCAUGAUCAAAAAGCCCCAGAAAUCUAAACCAGGAGUGUUUUCCUUCUUGGAUCCUCUGGCCUAUGAGAUCUGGAUGUGCAUAGUCUUUGCCUACAUUGGUGUCAGCGUGGUCUUGUUCCUAGUUAGUAGGUUCAGCCCUUAUGAGUGGCACACGGAAGAGCCGGAAGACGGAAAGGAGGGACCUAGCGACCAGCCUCCCAAUGAGUUUGGCAUUUUCAAUAGCCUGUGGUUUUCCCUGGGUGCUUUUAUGCAACAAGGAUGUGACAUUUCACCCAGAUCCCUUUCAGGUCGAAUUGUUGGUGGUGUGUGGUGGUUCUUUACCCUCAUCAUAAUAUCCUCGUAUACUGCUAACCUGGCUGCUUUCCUGACGGUUGAGCGAAUGGUCUCCCCCAUAGAAAGUGCAGAAGACUUGGCAAAACAAACAGAAAUUGCUUAUGGAACACUGGAUUCAGGAUCCACAAAAGAAUUCUUCAGAAGAUCAAAAAUAGCAGUGUACGAAAAGAUGUGGACGUACAUGCGAUCGGCAGAGCCAUCGGUGUUCACUAGGACUACAGCUGAGGGUGUGGCUCGUGUCCGCAAAUCCAAGGGCAAAUUUGCCUUUCUGCUGGAGUCCACUAUGAACGAAUACAUUGAGCAGCGAAAGCCGUGUGACACCAUGAAAGUGGGAGGAAAUCUGGAUUCUAAAGGCUAUGGAGUAGCAACGCCCAAGGGCUCCUCAUUAAGAACUCCUGUAAACCUUGCCGUUUUGAAACUCAGUGAGGCAGGCGUCUUAGACAAGCUGAAAAACAAAUGGUGGUACGAUAAAGGUGAAUGUGGACCCAAGGACUCGGGAAGCAAGGACAAGACGAGUGCCUUGAGCCUGAGCAACGUAGCAGGCGUCUUCUACAUUCUGGUUGGCGGCUUGGGCUUGGCAAUGCUGGUGGCUUUGAUAGAGUUCUGUUACAAGUCCAGGGCCGAGGCGAAGAAAAUGAAGCUGACCUUUUCUGAAGCCAUAAGAAACAAAGCCAGGUUAUCCAUCACUGGGAGCGUGGGAGAAAACGGCCGAGUCCUGACGCCCGACUGCCCAAAGGCCGUCCACACUGGAACUGCAAUUAGACAGAGUUCAGGAUUGGCUGUCAUUGCAUCGGACCUACCAUAAAAACCAAAAACAUAAUUGAGUGCCUUAAUUAAACUGUGUUGAUGAUGACUGAUGGAAACGCAGCCC